UUUUUCUUCUUUACAGACAAACAAACCGAUCAAACACCAGCCGGAUCAUUUUGGCAAUCGCAUGUAGUCACACCCUCCUCUUCCACACCCUUUGAUUCGCCAUUCUUUUCGGCCACUCAUGGCAUUGUUCAAACACAUCCUGCACUGAAUGGCAAACCGGCAUCGAGGCCCAUUCCAUUGUCGGGUAAUAGUCUAGGUACCGGAUCAAUACCGCCACGUCAACCGGCCACAGUGAGUGGUAGUGGUUUCCUUAAUUCACGUGGAAGUUUCCCCACUGGUGCCCAUUACCCCAAUGAACCAUCACCCUCAAUUGGUGGUACGGUCGUCAAUCCAAAUCCAAAAUCCCCCUUUAGGCAUUUAGAUUUUGCCACUAGUGCCACAGCGGAAUUGAGACGUAACCCAGCGCUAUCGGCUCCUGAUGAGUGUGCCCGCGCUUGUCGUGAAGGUGAACCACCAAGGAUUUGUUAUUAUCACUUCACAUUGGAAUACUAUACCGUACUGGGAGCUGCCUGUCAAGUUUGCACACCCAAUGCCACCAACACCGUUUGGUCUCACUGUCAAUGCGUCUUGGCUGAUGGUGUUGAGCGAGGUAUCUUAACCGCCAAUCGUAUGAUACCCGGUCCCAGUAUACAGGUGUGUGAAAAUGAUAAAGUUGUCAUCGACGUCGAGAAUCACAUGGAGGGUAUGGAGGUAACCAUUCAUUGGCAUGGUAUCUGGCAGAGAGGAUCGCAGUACUAUGAUGGUGUGCCAUUUGUGACACAGUGUCCCAUUCAGCAGGGCAAUACAUUCCGUUACCAAUGGACUGGCAAUGCUGGUACCCACUUCUGGCAUGCUCACACUGGUCUCCAGAAAUUAGAUGGUCUCUAUGGCAGCAUCAUUGUACGUCAGCCCCCCUCCCGUGAUCCCAACUCCCAUUUGUAUGACUUCGAUUUGACCACACACAUUAUGUUGAUCAGUGAUUGGUUGCAUGAAGAUGCCGCUGAACGUUAUCCUGGCCGUUUGGCUGUCAACACCGGUCAAGAUCCUGAAUCGCUGCUGAUCAAUGGCAAAGGUCAAUUCCGUGAUCCCAAUACCGGCUUCAUGACAAAUACCCCCUUGGAAAUAUUCACCAUUACACCCGGUCGUCGUUAUCGUUUCCGUAUGAUCAAUGCUUUCGCUUCAGUGUGUCCCGCACAGGUGACAAUCGAAGGUCAUGGACUGACAGUCAUUGCCACAGAUGGUGAACCAGUACAUCCGGUUGAUGUGAACACGAUUAUUUCAUUCUCUGGUGAACGUUAUGAUUUCAUUAUUACCGCCGAUCAACCCGUCGGUGCCUACUGGAUUCAGCUGAGAGGUUUGGGUGAAUGCGGUAUUCGACGUGCCCAACAAUUGGCCAUUUUACGUUAUGCUCGUGGACCAUAUCAACCGGCAUCGCCACCACCAACCUAUGAUGUUGGUAUUCCACAGGGUGUGGUUAUGAAUCCCUUGGAUGCCCAAUGUAAUGGCCAGCGUAACGAUGCCAUUUGUGUUAGUCAGCUGAAGAGCGCUUUGGAAAUUGAUCGUGGUAUUUUGGCUGAGAAACCCGACGUUAAGAUUUUCUUACCAUUCCGUUUCUAUUUGUAUCGUCCCGAGGAAUUGUUCCAGCCUAAUACCUAUAACAGGUUUUUGGUGGCACCAACCGGCGAUCAUGUCAUCUCAUUGAUUGAUGAAAUCUCUUAUCUUUCGGCACCCGCUCCUUUAACAUCCCAAUAUAAUGACAUUAAUCCUGAACAGUUUUGUAACGGUGAUAAUCGCCCAGCUGAUUGUGGUCCAAAUUGCAUGUGUACCCAUAAAAUUGAUAUACCAUUAAAUGCUGUCGUCGAAGUUGUAUUGGUCGAUGAGGUCCAACAACCCAAUCUGUCACAUCCCUUCCAUUUGCACGGAUAUGGUUUCAGUGUUGUCGGCAUUGGCCGGUCACCCGAUACCAAUGUAAAGAAAAUCAAUUUGAAACAUGCUCUCGAUUUGGAUAGACGCGGUCUGUUGCACAGACAAUAUAAUUUGCCGCCGACAAAGGAUACAAUUGCGGUGCCCAAUAACGGUUAUGUGGUGCUGAGAUUUAGAGCUGAUAAUCCUGGUUUCUGGUUAUUCCAUUGUCAUUUCCUGUUCCACAUUGUGAUUGGCAUGAAUUUGAUAUUGCAAGUGGGCACCAAUGCCGAUUUGCCACCAGUGCCACCAGGUUUCCCCACAUGUGGUGAUCAUACACCACCCAUACCAAUUAAUGUCCUUAAUCCCCUUGAUGCCAUUUGUGAUCGUAAACGUUCCGAUGCCGUUUGUGUUUCGAAUUUGAAAAAUGCCAAGGCGGUAGACAAGAGUGUCCUGGUGGAACGACCAGAUGUGAAAAUUUUCCUACCAUUCCGUUUUUAUGUUUAUGAGCCGAAAAAUCUCUUCAUACCGAACACCUAUAAUCGUUAUUUGGUUGUCCCCUCUGGUGAUCAUUUAAUCUCGUUGGUCGAUGAAAUCUCCUACAUAUCACCACCAGCACCAAUGCUCUCGCAAAUAAACGACAUACCGCCUGAGCUAUUCUGUAAUGGUGAUAAUCGUCCACCGGAUUGUGGUCCUAACUGUGAGUGCGUCCACAAAGUCGACAUCCCGUUGGGCGCCGUUGUAGAAGUCGUCCUGGUCGAUGAGGUCCAGCAAGUCAAUCUCAGCCAUCCCUUCCAUUUGCAUGGUACCCCAUUCUAUUUGGUUGGCAUGGGUCGAUCGCCGGAUAAAUCCAUCAAGAAAAUCAAUUUAAAACAUACUCUCGAAUUGGAUCGUAUGGGUAUGCUGGAGAGAGAUUUUUCCAAGCCACCGCUCAAGGAUAAUGUGGCAGUGCCAAAUAAUGGUUAUGUGGUGUUGAGAUUUCGUGCCGAUAAUCCUGGCUAUUGGCUGUUCCAUUGUCAUUUUCUAUUCCACAUUGUGAUCGGCAUGAAUUUGGUAUUUCACAUAGGUACCCAUGCGGAUCUGCCACCGGUUCCUGAUAAAUUUCCAACGUGUGGUGAUCACGUGCCGCCUGUAUCGCUACCCACAGUUGCUUCUGAUGCUGAUCACUUGGUAUCACUAAUUGAUGAAGUCUCCUAUAUAUCACCACCAUCACCACUGCUCUCCCAAUACGAUGAUAUACCACCGCAUUUGUUCUGCAAUGGCGAUAAUCGUCCCAUGGAUUGUGGUGAGAACUGUGAGUGUGUCCACAAAAUCGAUUUACCCCUGAAUUCCAUUGUGGAAAUUAUCCUCGUCGAUGAGGUGCAACAAAUCAAUAUCAGUCAUCCGUUUCAUUUACAUGGCAUGCCAUUUUAUGUGGUCGGUAUGGGUCGAUCAUUGGAUGAGGAGACGCAAAGGAUGAGUUUGAAACUGGCCAUUGAUUUGGAUCGUCGUGGCAUGUUGGUUAGGAAAUUUUUAAAGCCUUCGCUAAGAGAUACGGUGCCAGUGCCAAAUAAUGGCUACACCAUUAUCCGAUUUCGUGCCGAUAAUCCUGGCUUCUGGCUGUUCCAUUGUCAUUUUCAAUAUCACAUUGUGAUCGGCAUGAAUUUGGUAUUUCAAGUUGGAACGAAAAAGGAUCUGCCACCGGUACCGGCUGGGUUUCCCAAGUGUGCUGAUUUUAAGCCACCCAUCAAAUUGUGGUAA